UAAGACCAAGGUCAUAGCUGGGAUCGAACCACAUACGAGCUAAUGUUUUACCAGUUCUUACAGUACACAUCUAAUAUAAGGCUCGCCAGGAGCCGUCAAGCGUCAUCUUCCAGUGAGAAAAGUCCACAAACGCUGAAUUGUGUACUGAACUUCUUGUCCAACCUUGAAAUGAGGACAUUGUGUCCAAGACUCCUAAUUCUAGUCGGUAGUAAAAUCAGCCUUUUAAUCAUGGACGUGAAACAAAAGCUAAAGCUAGAGAAAGUCUGCAGGAGAGUGCAAACAAACAGGAUCAUCUGGGGCCUGUGCUUGAUUUGCUCUGCCGGGGAGCUCGGAGCCGUUCGCGCUGGCCCCAUCAAGCGGCCGGAUGGAGUCGCCCCCCAGGAGGAGGUCAACGUGCUCAAGUUUGGCGUCAUUCAGUUGGGAGAGUCCCUCAACGAUGUGUAUCAAAGAACCGAGGGUAAAGUGGCUAACAUCCUGCAGACUUUGAAAGAACAUGAAGAUGCUCUCGGGCAGCUAAGCGAGCAGACACAACAAGCUGCGGAGGUGGAGAAACAGAUCAAGGGGGUGAUACAGCUGCUCCAGGACCUGACAUUCAAACAAGAGGCUGAGACUAAGAUGACUGAGGGUCAGCUGGCUUACAUGGAGCGGGAAGAGGCAGUACUUCAGACCAAAGUCAAAAGCAUAGAGGCCCAUCUUAAUGGCACAUUCCCCACUUGCAUCAAAGAGUUGCAGGCACGAGUUGCCUUUAAUGCCAGUAUCUUGAAAGGUCUGCAGCAUUUAACCCAGUUUCAAAAGCAGAAGAUUGACAAGCACGCCGAGCAGCUCUCCACACUGCAGAGGAUGAGUGAAGCAUUAUGAAAUGAUGAUUGUCAAUAUCAUCAACACUAAACCAUUGCAGCACUCCCUUACACCAGCAGAAUGCUCUAUACAUAUAUCAGGGGUGCCCAAACCUUUUUCUCCAAGGGCUGCUUGCAGGAAAAAUCCAAGGAUGCAAGAGCCAACAUGAAAUCCUUCCACUUUCAUUUGUUAGUAUCGUUGUAUAUGGUCAUAUUGUAGAGCACUAAUAUGUGUGUAUUUACUAGAGGCGUGCGAAAUUUCCGAUUCUUAGAUUAUUCGCGAUUCAGCCGUGGAAGAUUCGAGAACGAUUCACAAACAUCCAAAUUCCGGUUAUUGAAUUAUACCAGAGUAAGCGGAAGUAAAACACAGUCAGCGCGGUCUUCGUGACGCAAUGAGGAACGGACCGAGAGUAAAUAUCAUGUUCAACUCAUGCCGCUAGAUAAAAAAACAAUCAUACCUGACUGCGGCCAACAGCCGCUACAAACAACGCCCAGUUGCUAGUUGCUACAAACAUCGGCUACAGUAGAUAUCAUAUAUAUGUAGAACUAGAUGCAAUAUGACAGAUGACGUCAGUGUUAGAAGUAUUAUUGAACAGAGAUGCGAAAUGACAGCUUUUCCGGCAUAAGUAAACAGCCGCCAUCUUCAAGCAAUAGACCUCUCUAGAAGGCUCUGUUGUAGCGAACUUAAUUAACUUUUUAUCUAAAAUACUCCUAAAUCGGCAGAAUCUUGUCUUGAAUCUAUCAUUAAAUGAUGAAAUAGUUUUAAAACUUUGACAAAAGUAGACAGAGGGGAAAUUAUGGAAUAACGGGAGCAAUUUGAACAACUGUAACAGUUGAUUCACAACAUUAAAUUAACUGAAUGUAGUUUAAAGCUGCCGAUUCAGAAUGGGGACUGGAGUUUUUUAUUUACUGUUAUUUUUGUGUAUUUGUUUACCGUUAUAUGUUAACUUGAUACUGAAAUAGUAGUUUGGUUCAGCCUGAGAGGAUUUUUGAACAAUUUUGGAACUAAUGUACAAAACAUUAAAAAAAAAAAAAAAAAAAAAAAAAAAAAAAAAAAAAAAAAAGGAGGGGGGUGCAUCAAUAAUCGUUUUAUAAUCGAAUCAGAGCCUCUGAAUCGUAAUCGAAUCGUUAGGUGCCCAAAGAUUCCCAGCUCUAGUAUUUACACAACAAAACUUUGCAGAACAUAAAGUUAAGAAAAUCACAAGAUAUCUCACUUUUUUAUUUAUUUAAAUGUAUUCAUGUAAAAUGAAUGAAAUUCUACAGUUUGGUACAUUGAUUUCAACUUGUCUGGUUUUGACAUCUGAGCUAAUGGAGAGGCACUGUUUAAGUGUCUAGUGCGAUUCCAGUGUAAAAGGUGAGAAGUGACACAAUGCAGGCUGGACUCAAGCCUCUUGUGUGAGCUAUAUUUAAUGAUAUUUUCAUAAUUCUCUGAGCGUCAAUAAAAAUGACAGGACACUGCAGUUGGCCCACGUGCUUCAGUUUGGAUAACCCUUUUAUAUGUGACAAAUUCUUACUGUUAAUUGUUGUCUCUCAUACAUGUAUUUUGCCUUUGCAAUUGUCUUUACUGGUUAAAUAAAUACAGUGAAACUG